CAUGCACCAUUAACUACUUUAACUUCUUCUAAGUGGUGUGCUAUCACAUAUUAAAACAAUGGCCUUUCACUCCCGUGGUCACAUGUUUUCUUUCUCCACCAUUUUUCUUUGCAUGUUUUCCAUGGCCUCUUCUCAGUUAACUUCAAAUUGCUAUGAAUCAACAUGCCCUCAAGCCCUCUCUAUCAUCAGAACCGCGGUGAUCGGAGCAGUUGCCAAAGACCACCGUAUGGGAGCUUCCUUGCUCCGUCUUCAUUUCCAUGACUGCUUUGUCAAUGGAUGUGAUGCAUCUGUUCUGUUAGAUAACACUUCGACCUUUACUGGAGAGAAGUCAGCUGCUGCAAAUGUGAAUUCUCUGAGAGGUUUUGAAGUAAUUGAUGACAUCAAAACUAAAGUGGAGGCUGCUUGUCCCGGAGUUGUUUCUUGUGCAGAUAUUCUAGCUAUUGCAGCCCGUGAUUCCGUUGUUGCAUUGGGAGGACCAUCAUGGAAUGUUGGGUUAGGCAGAAGAGAUUCAACCACGGCAAGUAAAGAUUCUGCCACUACGGAUAUCCCAUCCCCACUAAUGGAUCUUAGUGCCCUUAUAUCUUCUUUUUCAAAAAAGGGGUUUAACACCAAGGAAAUGGUAGCCCUCUCAGGAGCACAUACAACGGGGCAAGCCAGGUGUCAGCUAUUCAGAGGCAGGGUUUACAAUGAAAGCAGCAUUGAGUCAAACUUUGCAGCAUCACUCAAGUCAAACUGUCCAAGCACUGGUGGAGACAGCAACCUUUCCCCGCUUGAUGUCACCACAAGUGUUCUAUUUGACACUGCUUAUUUCAAGAACCUCAUCAACAAAAAGGGACUUCUACAUUCUGAUCAGCAAUUAUUUAGUGGUGGUUCAACAGAUUCUCAGGUCACUGCCUAUAGCAACGACCCUUCAGCUUUCUAUGCAGACUUUGCUAGUGCCAUGGUCAAAAUGGGAAACCUUAGCCCCUUAACAGGGAAAAGUGGCCAAAUUCGUACUAAUUGCCGCAAGGUUAAUUAAUUAAUAUGAACAAAAAACAUGCUCAUUCAGUCACAAUAUAUAUGUAUGGCCUUUUAUUUUCUAGUUUAUGUUUAGUCAUAAUAAGCUAAGAAUAUUGAAGUGUAAGGUGCUGUGGUUAGAAGCUUUAGUCCUCUCAAAAUAGAGGGGAAUAAAGAAAAGUUUCUGUGGUUUGUUAGUUAGAGUCUUGGAUCAAUGUAUCAUCCUUUACCAACAAGAAAAUUUCAGCUCCGUAUAACUAUAUGUACUUUUAAUCUAGAGUUAUUUGUACUGCCGUAAUGCAUACUUGUGCCUCAACUAUAUAGUAUAUACAAUAAGAUAAUCACUCCAA